AUGGCCUCGGGGACGCAGCGGGGCGCGGGGAGCUGGGGGCAACCGGCGGAGGGGCAGCGGAGCAGCCCUGGUGCCUGCUACAGGGAGCUGAGCCGCUUCCCUGCCGUCAGCUGUGCCGCGCUGGGGGCCACCGCGGGGGGACAGGGACAGGGACAGGGACAGGCCUUCCUGCUGCACACCGAGUGCCGGCAGCCCGACCUGCCCCGCCGGCGGCUCCUGCGCUUCAGCCGCCACUACAGCGUUCAGCGCACGGAGCGCGGCCUCGCCAUCAGCCGGGCUGCGCUCAGCACGGAGAUCCACAACCGGCUGCUCGGCCAGGAUUCACCCUCGGGGCAGCGCCGCGCCGUGCUUGUCCGCCGCCCACCGCAGGGCCACGAGCUGCUGGAGGUAUGGGAUGGCAGCGGGCGCAGCCACUGCGUGGAUCUGACAGCGCUGGGGAAGCACGGGGCGGUCUACACAGAGGGGCCGUUUGCCUGCCUGGCCUGGUCCCACUUGGAGACGCAGCUGCUCUAUGUGGCUGAGAGGAGCCGGCCCACGCUACCUGCAGCCUGCCCAGGGCAAGUGCCAGGAGCAGCCGAGCCAGCAGAGGAUGAGGAUGAGGAGGGCGAGCAGUUCGUGUACCACGAGGGCUGGGGAGAAAAGCUGAGCACUUGCAGUGCCCCUGUGCUCUGCAUACUGGAUAUCAAGAGCAGCAGUGUCUCAGUGCUGGAAAGUGUCCCUGAGCACGUGUCCCCUGGCCAGGCAUUGUGGUCCCCAGGUGACACUGGUGUGGUAUUUGUGGGCUGGUGGCACGAGCCCUUCCGCCUGGGGCUGAGCGCUUGCUCCAACAGGAGGUCGGGUGUUUUCCACCUGGAGCUGGCCGGCGGGCAUUGCGAGCUGCUGUCUGUCCCUAACCGUGCCUCCUUCUCACCCCGGCUGAGCCCGGACGGUCAGCGCCUGCUCUACUUGGAAGGGGCUGUGGGAGGGCCCCACCGGCAGUGUCUGCAGCUGCGCCUGCUCACCUGGCAGACGCGGCAGACGGUGACGGUGCUCGACGUGGUACAAGAGCCCACGGGCAGUGAGAGCUCCUUCACUGGAAUCUACACCGAUGCGCUGCCACUGCAGUGCUGGGCAGCUGACAGCCGGCGGGCGCUGCUGUGCACCCCACAGCGGAGCCGCACGGACCUGCUGCUGGUGGACACAGAAACUUCCACCAUCACCAACCUCACUGCCGGGUCACCAGAGGGGUGCUGGGAGCUGCUGACCAUCCAGUGGGACCUGCUGGUGGCCACCUGCUCAGCCCCACACCACCCACCCAGCCUGGUGAUGGCAGAGCUGCCACCGUUGGGCCAGGAGCUGCCCCUGCGUUGGGUUCCAGUGGAGGACACCCCACCAGUUCCUGGCAUCACCUGGAAAACGCUGACAGUCCAGCAAAACUCUGCUCCACACAGUGCAGGUCCCCAGACCUUCGAGGCCCUGCUGCUGAGCCCAACAGGCGGCACCACUCCGCACCCCCUCGUUGUGUGUCCCCACGGCGGCCCUCACGCCGUCUUCGAUGCCCGCUGGCGCCCAAGCAUGGCUGCGCUGUGUCAGCUGGGCUUCGCCGUGCUGCUCGUGAAUUACCGUGGCUCGCUGGGCUUUGGGCAGGCAAGCAUUGAGUGCCUGCAGUCCCGUGUGGGUGAGCAGGAUGUGGCUGACACACAGGUGAGGAGCAGCAAACAGGUGCUGAUGGUGGGGCGCUGAUG